AUGAAACUAUCAAUUGUUGUAUUGUCAUCGAUAUUGGCUGUUUGCUCGGUUACUACAGCCAUCCCGGUCAAUCCCAGUGCAGCUGCAAGUGCCGGAGCUAGCACUUCAACCGUCAUUCCCAGUGCACAAGUUAUACCUCCAAUUGAUUUUAGCAACUUUUCAGAUAAGGAUAUGAAGUUGAUCAAAGAGUACACACAGGCGAAGAAAGAUUAUGAUAAUGCAGAGGAAAUGCAGAAGUUGACACAAUCUAAAAUGCAUGUUCAAGAAAAAUUGGUAAAACGGCUGAAUAAAAAAAUUAAAAAGCUGCCACGUAAAUCUCAGAUUAGCGAGAAUGGUUCAAAGCACAGCGAAAAGCUCCAGGAACUUGAAGAUAAACUUGAACAAGAACGAAAAACUCUCUAUGAACUUAUAAAGAUGCAGCGGCAUUUCGAUUUGUUUAAUCUUACUUUCAAAUUAGGUAAAACCAAAGCGCAGCUUCUAAAUCGCUUGUUUGGGAAAAAUCAGUAUCAACCAUUCGAAUAUUACACGAGAUUUUUGGAAUCAGAUCCCGAGUUUACAAAACUCGUCAAAACAUUUAGCAAUUCUGCACCAAGCCAACAGUUAGGAUCCCAACAAGACUCUACUAGUGGAGCUCAUAGUUCAUCACAACAUCAUAAAAGUCCAUCAUCAUCAAGCGAAACGUCUACAGUCCAACCCACUCAAGCAUCAUCCAGCACACAAAAGGCUUCCAAAUCUUCUCGUUUACAGAAAGUUUAUCGCGAAAUUAAAGAUGGAUUUGAAUUAGGCUGGAAUCAAGACAAAAGUGGUGAUCGCAAACUAUUGAUUGAUUCGAAUACUAAUUUGGACUGA